AUGAGGCCCGAUUACAUGAGUGUCAUGUUUCUGUGCACCAGUGUCAUGUCCUUCAACGCAGGUGUCUGGCAGAUCUUUCGCAGAGGCCAGAAGCAGCAGCUGAUGGAGAACCACAGGAACAUUGAGAAGAGCCCGCUGACGGACUUGCCGCCCGAGAACGCGACAGUGAACGAGUGCGAGUACCGCCGAGUGAGCCUUGACGGGUCAUUCGACAACGAGGGGUCGUGUCUGGUCGGCCCGCGCUCUAUUCCGUCGUACAAGGGCGCCGCGAACGAAGACGAGAGCCGCGGUGGCUUCCUUGUCAUGACGCCCUUCGAGAUCGCGAACACAGGCAAGUUUGUGAUGGUGAACCGUGGCUGGGUGCCGAUCGACGCUGGAAAGCACCGUACGAUGUUGACGCAGUACAUCGGCGAGGGCUUUGCCCCUGCCCAAGUCCGCGGCAUUCUUCGCAAGGAGGAGUUCGUGGGCGGGUCGCUUCUAUUUGGUCCGAGCCCAGACAACGAGGGCCCGGUGGCAGCAGACCUGUCGUGGAUGGCGAUGCGGCCGUGGAACAUGGCCAUGGCCUACUACCGCCGCCGCUGGGGUGCUGACCACCUCAAGAAGAAUGCCGAGAAGCACGGUGCCCACCACUACUACGUGGAGAUGCUGGAGGACUUCUCGGGCGACGAUCAGCGCAUUGUGCGUGGACACGCGUGGCCCCGUCGCCGCGAGGUGGACGAGGUCACCUACGUGCAUCUCACCCCCAUAGUGCACUCCAUGUACAUCAUCUUUUGGUUCUCUAUCACCGCCGGUUCUCUGUACGGAGUGCUGCGGUGCUGGCGGCGUCAGAAAGACAUCUUCGCGCUGCGCAAGUUUGCGAAUAGGCAGUCGAUGCAGCUGGAGACGCGGCGGCAGGUGGAGGCGCAGGCAUACAUGAAAGCAGUAGAGGAGGUGGAGCGGCUGAAGAGAAUCAGCACUGCUGCUGCCGCGGCACAGAUCGACCUUGGCAAGCCUACUACUGCCAUAUACAGCGAAGGAGUGGCGUUGGAGAAGGGUGACUCGGAGCCGCGCAAGUAG